GCAACCUCGCUCUCCCUUGGUGGCUGCGCGUCCGGCUCAGACCCCGAGACUGGCUGGGGAAGCAGAGCUCGUAGCCCGGGUCGGUACGGGGGAAGCCGAACGAGGACAAAGGCGGGAGGGUGGCCGCGGCGGCUGCGCUCCCCGCGGGCGCCCUCGAGAUGUUCUCGCGGAGGGGUCAUGUGGAUGUCAAGAAGUCUGCGCAGAAGGCGCUGGACCCGCGAAAGGACCCGCUGACUCGCCUCAAGCACCUUCGGGUUUUGAUGGAUGCUGUGGAUGGAAGUGAACUCAAACAGUUCUUUGAGAUCAACUAUUCUCAAAUUUAUUUUAUCUUCUAUGAAAAUUUUGUAACAGUGGAAACCAGCUUGAAACAAAAAGGAAAUAAAUCUCAAAGGGAAGAGUUGGAUUCCAUUCUUUUUCUUUUUGAAAGAAUACUGCAAUUAUUACCUGAAAGAAUUUUCUAUCGAUGGCAUUUUCAUAGCAUAGGGUCAGUUUUGAAGAAACUUUUGCACACUGGAAACUGCCUUAAGAUAAGAUGUGAAGGGAUACGAUUAUUUCUACUCUGGCUGCAAGCUCUCCAGACUAAUUGUGCAGAAGAACAACUGUUAAUUUUUGCUUGUCUCGUGCCUGGUUUUCCUGCAGUGAUAUCUUCAAAAGGUCCAUGCACAUUGGAUACCCUUAUUAGCCCUCCUUCCAGUCUUCCAAAUGUGAAAAUCUAUCCUGAGGAUAUAAUGCCACUUAUACCACAUGCUACUGGUGAAAAGAUUGAAGGCCCAACUUGCUACUUUCUUCAGAUACUCUUAAAAUAUAUGGUAAUUCAGGCUGCAAGGUUGGAAUGGAAGAAUAAGGAGAACCUUGACACAGGAUUUAAGUUUCUCUUUGCCUUGUUCAGAAAGUAUUAUCUUCCUCAUUUAUUCCCCUCUUUUAUAAAACUAACCAACCUCUACAAUCCUGUGCUUGAGAUCCCUGGCCUGCGAACCAAAUCAGUAUGUGUUAAUACAACUUGUGACAAUGGAAAUUUUUAUAGUACAAAAAUUCCAUACUUGGAUGCUCGUGUAACUUUUAUUAAAUGGCUUUUAAACUUUUUUCUGGAAAAGAAAUACCUUACAGCAACACAAACUUUCAAAAAUGGUGUGGAAGUUCUGCCCAGAAUCAUUCAAGCAGUGGGUAGUACAGUGCAAGAUAAAAAUCCUGAAGUGGAAAACAGUGUCCCAUCAGAGCAGGAAAAAAAUCAUAUCAACCACAGCGUGAUACUCAGUAAUUCCAGUUUUUGCAGCAUUGAAGAGCAGCACUGGCCUGCAUAUGAGAUGGUGCAGCAAAUACUUUUGUCUACAAGAGAUUAUGUGAAUUUUGUUAAUGAAGUAUUUCAUCAGGCUUUUUUGCUGCCACCAUCAGAGAUAUCCUUAACUGAAAAGGUUGUGAAAGUUUAUAGGAAAUGGAUACUACAAGAGAAACCUGCAUUCAUGGAAGAACCAGAUACAAAGGAGACUAUUCAAGAUGAUGAUGGCAUCAUAGAACACUCAACAGCAGAGACAGAUGGCAAACAUCUUGUGUCUGGACAUAAAAGAUCCUCAAGUUGGGGAAGAAGUUACUCCUUCUCUAGUGCUGUUACCAGAGGAUGCUUAUUAGAAGAUGAAAACGAGAAUGUUAAGGCAGGCCUUCAACCUACACUGCAGGUAUUCUUGACCAACUCUGCAAACGUAUUUUUAUUGGAACCAUGCAGUGAAGCACCUGAACUACUUAAAGAGCAAAUAAAUGCUUGCAGAGCAGUUUUGAGUAUAUAUAGGCGCAUGAUAAUGGAACUUCCAAUGAAUAAAAAGACCUGGGAGCAUAUGUUGCAAAUACUUCUUAGCAUAACAGAAGCUGUCAUGAGCAACUCCAAAGAUGAUCAAAUAAAGGAUGCAUUUGGUCAAUAUCUAGCUGGAUUAUUAUUCCGGACUCUCAUUGUGGCUUGGAUCCGAGCAAACUUGAGUGUUUAUAUUUCUCGUGAGCUCUGGGACGAAUUGCUCCGUGUGCUGUCAUCCCUUACAGAUUGGGAAGAGCUAAUAACGGAAUGGGCUAAUAUAAUGGAUUCUUUAACAUCUGUUUUAGCAAGAACAGUGUAUGGUGUUGAAAUGACCAACUUGCCACUAGAUAAGCUAAGUGAGCAAAAAGAGAAAAUACAAAAAGGAAGAGGUGGCGUUUUGGAACUUCAGAAAGGAACUGCAAUUGGAAGAUCAUUUUCUUUAAGCUGGAGAGAUCAUCCUGACGUUAUGGAACCAAUGAGAUUUAGGAGUGCUACCACCUCAGGAGUUCCAGGAAUUGAGAAAGCGAGGAAUAUAGUGCGUCAGAGAACAGCCAAGCGAAGCCAAUCUAUCAACAACUGUGCUCGUCUCUGUGAGGCUUUGCCAACCACUAAAAGUGUGCCUCUUCUCCUUCAUACUGUGAGCUCUCUCUUGCCUGAUAUCUCUUACACUUCUUACUCUUGCACUUUUUCAGAAAGUGAACAAUAUGAACUAUCAGAAAAUGGAUCAGAAAUUGUGAAUCAGCAGCCAGUAAACGUAUCAGGAACAGAAUAUAACAGUCCUUUUUCGGACCAGGAUCAAUUAACUCGAAGCAGUAGUACCUCUGAUAUUAGAGACCAAUGCAAUUCUGAUAUUUUCCAAGUUAGAAAAACAGAAAGUUCACAAAAUUUAACUUCAGGAUCCAGAUCUGUUCAAAAAAGUGAGGAGACCAUGAGCAAGGAAAGUACAAUACAACAAGCAGGCAACACUCCAUCUGAAUUAAAUCUCAAGACAGAUAUGCAGCAGUCACAUGGAAAUCAGAGAGAGAAAGAAAAGCAUGAAAGUAUUAGCACUGAUACUUCUAUUGGAUACAGCAAUGAAAUGGGCACGAGUUUGGCUCCUUGGCAAACAUGUGAAGAAAAUAAUGAUAUCUGCAUGCAAGCUGACAUUUCUCUUGAUCCAGAUGCCCAUCAGUGGUUGCAUCUGAAUCCUUCACAGGCCACCAAUUUAUCAGACAGCAGUGAGUUCCUUGCUGAUGAUUGUAGCAUAAUUGCUGGGGGAAAACUUACUGGAUGGCAUCCUGACUCUGCAGCUGUGUUAUGGAGAAGAACAUUAGGAAUUCUUGGAGAUGUGAACAGUAUCCAGUCUCCUAAAAUACAUGCCAGAGUUGUUGAAUAUCUCUUUGAGUUAUGGUACAAAUUAGCAAAGAUACGAGACAAUCUGGCAAUCAGUCUGGAUAACCAGUCUACUCCCUCCCCUCCUAUUUUAAUUCCACCACUUAGAAUAUUUGCAUCAUGGUUGUUCAAGGCUACAACUUUACCAGAUGAAUAUAAAGAAGGAAAGAUCCAUGCCUACAAACUGAUAUGUGCUAUGAUGACAAGGCGCCAAGAUUUUAUGCCAAAUCCUGACUACCUGGUGCAUUUUUAUCUUGUCAUGCACAUUGGCUUAACUAAUAAAGAUCAGGAUGUUUUAAACACUAUCAUAAAACACUGCUCCCCAUUCUUUUUCUUCUUGGGCUUACCUGGCUUUACAUUGCUAAUAAGAGACUUCGUAACAGCUGCAACCAGAGUUCUGAGUACAAACAUGUUGGAGGCUCCCCGCUUAGAAGCAAAUACUAUUCUUGGAUCUCUGAUUUGCUUUCCUAAUAUUUACCAAGACAUCUCAUUGUUACCAUCUGUUGCUGAAGCAGAAAUCACAACAGGAACUGCAGAUGUCAAAGAAGAUCUGUCCACAAAGAGGAAAGCAAUUGGCCAUUGCUUUCCUGGAACAGAAAGAUGGGAGAGCGCAGCAACAGGGGAACAACAUAAGGAAUUUUGCCUCAUAAAUAUUCUUUUGAAGAAUGCCACAGAUGAACCAAGUGAAACUUCAAGGUGUUUAGCCCUCUGCUGUCUUGGACUUUGGAUAUGUGAAGAACUUGAACACUGUACAAACCAUCCUCAAGUAAAAGAUGCAAUAAAUGUUUUUGGUGUGACACUAAAGUUUUCUAACAAGCAGAUUGCACAGGCAGCAUGUGAUAUCUUUCAGUUAUUGACAUCUUACUGGGAAAAACUACAGAAAUACAACAUUUCUCUACCGCAAAAAAUUAUUGAAAUCCUUGUUGCCACUAUUGCAUUUCUGUUACCAAGUGCAGAAUACUCCUCUGUGGAAAGUGAUAAAAAGUUUAUAGUUUCAUUAUUACUUUGCUUAUUGGACUGGUGCAUGGCGUUGCCAGUGAAGAUACUGUUGGAGCCUGUAUUUACUUCCAGUUUUGAAAAUCAACAUUCUUCUAAUACUCCAUUGCUUGAUUAUAUUUAUAGGAUCCUGAACUGUUGUGUUUAUGGUUCAAGUCUUUACACACAGCAAAGCCAUUAUCUUUUAACUCUUGCAGACCUCUCCAGUGAGAUCUAUGAUCCCUUUAUGCCCCUAGGAAAUGUUAGGAAUUCUGAACUGAUUCCGUUUCAGUCUUCUGCAGACCUGAAUAAUUUGCUCACUGUUGCUGAAGAAAUGAAGAGGAGGAGCUUGGAGUUAAUACCACUGACAGCACGAAUGAUUAUGGCACAUCUAGUAAACAAUUUGGGCCAUUAUCCUCUGACUGAAGGACCUGCUGUUUUACAUAGUCUUAUUAGUGAAAAUCACAACAAUUCUUGUAUGGAAUCUUCUGAACUCUCACCUGAAGUCUUCAGAAGCCCCAAUUUACAGCUCUUUGAAUUUAAUGACAAUACUGUCAUUUCUUACCUACAAAUUCCUUCAAAAAAGGGGAUAAAUGAUGAACUGGAAGAAUCUUUUUCAGAAGUAAGAGUAAUUGUUAGGGAUAUCUCAGGAAAGUAUUCAUGGGACGGACAAUUGAUGCAUGGACCAUUAGCUACUUGUUCAUUAAAUCAGAAGAACAGAAAAUUCUCUGCAGUUAUGGAAAAAAAUAAACAGAACUUUGAGACUCCAGCUGAUUUCAUUCAGAUAGAUGAGGGAGAAGAUGCUCUUGAUAAGUUGCUAGAAAGGAUUGGCAGUAGUAGUCCUGAGUGCCUUUUACACCCACAAGUAAAAUUAAAUGAGCCAUCCCCAUUCCCAUCUGCCAUGAGUCAUGAUCAAGUUACUGACAUCAUUGAAGCAGUAAUGCAGCAGAGUUGCACAGAAAAUGAAUAUGCUCAUGGAUACAAUCUGAAUCAUAAUACAAAAAAUGAAAGUCAGAAGAUGCCAAGAUCUGCUCUGCUGCAGUCAUCAUUUCAUUUAUGUAGGCUCUUGCUAAAUGACUUAGGAAUGAAUUCUUGGGAAAAAAGAAAAUGUUUUAAUAUUUUGAAGAAAAAUUCUAAAUUGUUGAGAGAGCUGAAAAAUUUGGACUCAAGACAAUGUCGUGAAACUCACAAGAUUGCAGUAGUUUACAUUGCUGAAGGACAAGAAGAUAAAUGCUCAAUAUUGUCCAAUCCACAAGGAAGCCAAGCAUAUGAAGAUUUUAUUGCUGGAUUGGGUUGGGAGGUUGAUCUUUCAACUCACUGUGGAUUUAUGGGUGGCCUUCAACGUAAUGGUAGCACAGGACAAACAGCCCCAUAUUAUGCUACUUCAACUGUGGAAGUAAUUUUUCAUGUAUCCACACGAAUGCCAUCUGACUCAGAUGACUCACUGACCAAAAAGGUAAAAUGUACCUAAAUAUCAAAUAAUAUAAUGUAUGUUGUCUUUUCAAAAGUGUUUGUUGUGUCUUAG